CCCGCCGCUGCCGCCGCCGCCGCCCCCUCCCGCCGCCUUGCCCUCCGCGGCCUCGCGCCCGCCGCCGCUGCCGCUGGACAGCCACUGCCGGACAGCCGCCGGAGGAUGCGACGCAGUGCAGCUCAGGAAGAGGUUUGACAUUGACGACGAAACGGUAUGAAAUCGGAUGUUCUGACAGGAAUCAUUUCCAGUGUUCUAAGAACCAAAGCAUCUAGGCUGGAUGGAAUUUAGCAUCAGAAAAAGCCCUCUUUCUGUUCAGAAAGUUGUAAAGUGCAUGAAGAUGAAGCAGGCACCAGAAAUCCUUGGCAAUGCAAAUGGGAAGACUCAGAACUGUGAAGUGAAUCAUGAAUGUUCUGUAUUCCUCAGCAAAGCUCAACUUUCUAACAGCCUACAGGAGGGGGUCAUGCAGAAAUUUAAUGGCCAUGAUGCACUCCCCUUUCUUCCAGCAGAGAAGUUGAAAGAUCUUACCUCCCGUGUUUUUAAUGGAGAACCUGGUGCUGCUCAUGAUGCUAAAUUGUGUUUUGAGGCCCAGGAAGUGAAAGGAAUUGGUACACCACCCAAUACUACCCCUAUUAAAAAUGGCUCUCCAGAAAUUAAACUGAAAAUCACAAAAACAUACAUGAACGGGAAACCUCUCUUUGAAUCUUCAAUAUGUGGUGACAGUGCUGCUGAUGUGUCUCAGUCAGAAGAAAAUGGACAAAAAUCGGAUAAUAAGACUAGGAGGAACAGGAAGAGGAGCAUAAAAUAUGACUCUUUACUGGAGCAGGGCCUUGUGGAAGCAGCUUUAGUGUCCAAGAUCUCAAGUCCUGCAGAUAAAAAGAUUCCAGUUAAGAAGGAGGAGCCCUGUCCAAAUACUGGCAAAGACAGAGACCUCUCAUUGAAAUACAACGUGGGUGAUUUGGUGUGGUCCAAAGUGUCAGGUUACCCUUGGUGGCCUUGCAUGGUUUCUGCUGAUCCACUCCUUCACAACCAUACCAAGCUUAAAGGUCAGAAAAAAAGUGCACGCCAGUAUCAUGUACAAUUCUUUGGUGAUGCCCCAGAAAGAGCUUGGAUAUUUGAGAAGAGCCUUGUUGCUUUUGAAGGAGAAGAACAAUUUGAAAAAUUAUGCCAAGAAAGUGCCAAGCAGGCACCCACGAAAGCUGAGAAAAUCAAGUUGUUAAAGCCUAUUUCAGGGAGAUUGAGAACCCAGUGGGAAAUGGGUAUUGUUCAAGCAGAGGAAGCUGCUAGCAUGUCAGUAGAGGAGCGGAAAGCCAAAUUCACCUUCCUUUAUGUGGGGGACCAGCUACACCUCAACCCUCAAGUGGCUAAGGAGGCUGGCAUUGUUGAAGAACCUUUGGGAGAAAUGGUGGACUCUUCAGGGGCCAGUGAAGAAGUUGCUGCAGACCCUGGGUCUGUGAAAGAAGAGGAUAUUCCCACGAAGAGAAGGCGAAGAGCCAAAAGGUCUAGUUCUGCUGAGAACCAAGAGAGUGACCCUAGCACAGAAAAGAGUACCCCUCCAAAGAUGGCAGAGGCUGAACCUAAGAGAGGAGUAGGCUCUCCUCCUGGAAGGAAGAAGUCUACAGCUUCUGCUCCACGGAGCAGGAAAGGAGACUCAGCAUCCCAGUUUUUAGUCUUCUGUCAAAAACAUAGGGAUGAGGUUGUAGCUGAACAUCCAGAUGUCUCAGGAGAGGAGAUUGAAGAAUUACUUGGAUCCCAGUGGAACAUGCUCAAUGAAAAACAGAAAGCACGAUAUAAUACAAAGUUUUCCCUAAUGACCUCUGCCCAGUCUGAAGAAGACUCUGGUAAUAUAAAUGGGAAAAAAAGAAACCACACAAAGAGGACAGAUGACCCUCCAGAAGAUGUCGAUGUUGAAGAUGCACCCAGGAAAAGACUUAGGACAGAUAAGCACAGUCUUCGGAAGAGAGAGACAAUCACCGACAAGACGGCCAGAACAAGCUCUUACAAGGCCAUAGAGGCAGCCUCCUCACUCAAGAGCCAGGCAGCAACGAAAAAUCUUUCUGAUGCUUGCAAACCACUGAAGAAGCGAAAUCGGGCUUCUGCAACUGCAUCUUCAGCACUUGGGUUUAGCAAAAGUUCAUCUCCUUCUGCAUCCUUAACUGAGAAUGAGCUUUUAUGGGAGCCCACAUCAGUCAAGUUGGACUUGAAUUCAGCCGCCCUGUACUGCACUUAGAAUGAUGUAAUACCCCAAGAUGUCUGCUGCAGGUGGUGCAUCAUCGUAUACACUAAGUGACAUUUCUAUCACAAUCAUUUUAUGGAAGAUGUGUGAUAAUCUGUUUUUACUGGUAUUAAUAAACACAUACAAUGAAGAGAACAGAUAACAAAUUUUAAGACCAAGGUAAGAUACCCAAAAGGCCAUUUAAUCAAUCACAUUCAUCUCAUAAUAGAAACACAUUCAUAUUCUAAAGAUCAAUCUGAAGUUCAAGUUGAGGAAGAGGCCCUCCAAUGAGGCUAUCCCAGAGCUGUGACAAUGGCACCAUAUUGAAGAGAUCCUGUUUAUGCUCAUUUUUUCCUCUAAUUCAUAAUUUACUGAAUUUUUAUGGAAAAAUGUCAGCAUCUGUUCACCAUCAAUAAGAAAGAACAAACAGGACACAUUAAGGGGUCCUUUGUCAACUAUUUUCAUUGCCAAUAAAAUGUAUUCAAUAUUGUAGAUAUUAAACCAGUUUCCCACAUAAAAGGCAGGAGGAGUUUUGAUUCUGUCUUUUUUUACUCAACAGUUUUACUAUGAUAAUAGACACAGUAGAUUUUUAGGGAAAAAUGCCAUUUACAGUAUCAUUGUGAACCAUUCAACUAUUGAUCCAGUCACUGAUAUCUAGAAGACACCACAAUCAGGUUAUUUACAACAACCACAUCAUCAGUUGCUUUUAUAGAACAUCAGCAUCAUGUUUUAAACGUUGUGGUCCUGGAUGCCUAGCUGCGGCAUACCCAGGUGCCCGCAUGUUUGCAUGGGAGGAAAGGCUCCACUUGCCCUCAGCUCAUGAAGCAGAGCUUGUGCUGUGCACGGGGUGUGUGAGCGGUGCCCAGGCCGUUUCACACAGACACCUCAGUGUUGGACCUGUGAUGAAAGUUUCUGAGAAAUACUUUUGUUCCAAACCAUUAAGUAAUGUAACGCAUGUAAAACACAUAGAGUGCCUGGCACCUUGCAAGGACUCACUCAGUGGUUCACUAUUGUGACAGUAAUGGUUAUUACAAUAAAAAUAAUAAAAUCACCACCAUUCCAUUUUUAUCCAAAAGUAUAAAUUUUUCUUUGGCAUGAAAAAUGAUCCUCUUGACUGCAUCAUGCAUGUGUGGAUAAAAUAAAUCCAGGAGUAGCAGAACCCUAGCUCUGUUUGUGUGGCACAGUAGGGUAUUAGACUGUGAGGUUGUGGUCUGGUAGGUCACUCAGCUGGCUCUUCUCAAAUGUAAUAAGAGACAUGACCUCAGAGAAUACCUAAUGUGAGCAUUCUAAGUUGUAGUGUUCUUAAAGGACUUGAAAGAUCUCAGGUAAAUUUUUAAAAAUUUAAAAUAUAAAUCACAAAAUUAGAAAGUGUGAAGAAAUAUGAUGGUGUAGAAAUGGCCCUGGUUUAAGAAGUGAUUCCUCAAAAGUAAAGGCACUAUAAUGAAAGGUCUUGGGCAGAAAUGAAGGGAUUUCAUUUGAAAUUAGAGCAUGAUGAGUUUUGACUGGUUGCCCAGGUAGCAGCUAGUAUGUAUGUGCAGAUACAACAGGAAUAAGCCAGAGGACAGGCAUUUUGCUCUGUGAUAGGGGAGUGAAGGCUUCAGAACUAAUGUUGAUGUCCACAGUGUGGCACAGUUAGUAGUACCUGCUGAGUUCAGAGAGUAUGAGGGAAACAAGGGUGGGGAUCAUGGAAUAUUCUUCAGCUAGGGAAGACAUAGCCAACCUGGGGGUAGGGGUAGGAGCAGGAUCCUUGCUUUUCAUUUUGCAAUGAGUGCAGAGUGAUAGUCCUCCAUGUAGGAUUAUCCUGCCCCAGAGACCAGCAGUAGUCUUACAGUAAAUAAGCAGAGUUGCAUGUCAGCUCUUGGCUGACCACUCCUAAAGGAGGUGAGUAGGAAAGAAAUAGCUCUUAACCAAGAGUUUACCAAGAAGCAAUAGCUUGUCUGCUAAGAGUACAAAAUUAUGUAACAAAUUUGUUAUGCUACAAAUUUAACAUGGAAUUCCUUCAUUUUCUAUAAAAAUGUCAAAAAAGCAAUGCUACCUCUCUAGCCUUAGGUCUUUUGAACUGCCCACUGUUGAAUUUUGCUUUUGCCGUACAGAGAAUUAUUACCAUUUGAUCCUAUUUGGCUUCCUUCAAACCAUUGUUUGUAUACUAUGUUUGCCUGGCAAGGGGAAGUAGCUUUCUGUAUAAAACUCUGAUUUGAAAGAGGUGAAGACUUGGGUGAAUGUACAAAGGUUUGGAUGUAGCUGUUCUAACUGCAAGUUGUCUGUUACACAGAGCAGCACACCAGGGAGUUCACAUGCUGGAUAGAGGCCUGUGCCCAGCAGCCAGGCCCUUCAGGUGUCCCUCAAUCAGCCCCUCUGCUCCAAAUGGAUUUCUGCCUCCCUGGCAGCUUUUCCUCAGAUGAAAAGUGAAUGUUGUCCUUUGGUCACGAUGCCUUUAAGUGUAGUUGUAGCUCAAAACUUUCUUUAGUAUUCAUAUCUGUUUAUAUCUGUGUUUCCCAACACAAAACAACACCAAUAUUUUUAAGAGGAUGUCUUGAAAACCAACAAGAAAUCUUAAGCAUGACAAGGAAGUAAAAUAUUGUAGGAUAUAAGAGGAAAGGUUCUCUGCUCCAUGUUUGAUGGCAUCCAUUCCACCCACUGCCUUUGAAGAGGUAGCACAACCUGCUUCUGGCAUGGGCUGGAGGGCGUCGUAAGUUGGCCCCUCAGCCAAAGUAUAUCUAAUUCUGGGAUUAGUUGAGAUAGUUCGUGCAAAAGCACUAGAAAACUUAAAACAUGAUUCUCUGGGGCUGGAAGGCAGGGCCUAUUCAUUAAUGAUAGAACAUGUCACAAGAAAAGUAAGGAAAAAAAAAACCAAAAUAAAAUCUCACCUGGCAACAUGUCUGUGACUCCAUACACUCAUCCAUGGUUGUGUCUGGACCCUUUGGGCUGGCUAGAUGAAAUAGGUUACUGGCACCCCUUAAGGGUCUGUAACAGAAAUACAGAAAUGCCAUAUAAAGAAGGAAAAAUAAAAACAUAAGUAAACAUCUCAUUUUUCAAACAAAAAUGGAUGCCUGUGUUUAUGUAAAAUUAAAACAAAAAGUGCUCCUGAGAAAGGGUCUCUUAGCCUGGAGUGAGGACCAGAACUGAGUUUUGUUCUGUCUAUCCUUCAGCAUUGGUGUGUAUUCUAUAUAAGCUCCUAGUUCACUCAGCCCACUUCAGCAGAAUGAGGAACCCCGAGUGAGUGGUUCUUUGUUGGCUUCAGUUGCUUUAUGUGGGCCUGAGAUGCCCAAUGAAGUCAUGGCUCCCUUCUUUAGGAAACGUUUGUUCAGUUGUAGGUGAACUGUAGGGUCAUUAACACUUUAAUAAGUUUGCUUUCUUCCUCUGUCACUGAUUCUAGGGUACCAUAUGUCUUUCACACAUUCAAGCAUGUAGGUUGCUGAUCUACCUUAAACCCUGCUGUCCAGAUGGACUUCUGUUAGGGACCCCUGAGGCCCUUUGGAUUGCUAAAUGUACAGCACCUUAUUUUAGUGUCAGUAUAUCCAUUAUCCCAGCUUUUCAAAAAUUAACCACGAAGGACUGCUGUUUAUCUUUUGAGGGGAUAAAAAUCCAAUUUGUCAUUUGCUAGAGAAAAGUAGGAGAAUUUUCCUAACAUUGUUUCAGAGCUUUUAUUGCCUCUUCCUGAAAAUGACUUAGAAAGCUUUUUGGGUUUUACUUUUGUUUUAAGGUACAUCGAUUCCUGUAUAUCGUAGCAUUUUUGGUGAUUGAAAUUGACUUUGUUCCUUUUAGGUACUGUUUUUAUGGUUAGAAUAUUAGGAUUUUUUUUCACUAGUGAAAAGUAUGUUUGUGUUUAUUUCUUGUACAGGAAGGGUAAGGAACAUGCUCUCUGGGGCUUAACUAGCAAGGGUGUCUGUCCAUCUAGCAACCUGACAUUUUGUCAGAGUUCUGUGUGUACAUCAACAUUUAUAAUUUUUUUCUAGCCCAUAUAGUUGUUUGCUUUUAACAUAUAACUCUGGCUGUAUUUUGAACUUCCUAGCAUUCCAGGGGUAUUCUGCUUUUUAAAAAUAACUGGGAUCAGGUGGAGUCCUAGUCUUGGUACAGGGACAUUGCCAGUCACAUGAGCUAAGAAAGCAGGUAGGCUGGACCAGGCCCCUGCACAGCCUAAACAUGAAUGAGUCAGUAGAACAUUUAGAGAUCACUUACUUAACCUUGGGUAAGGACAAGCCUUUAUGGGAGCAGUAGCUGUGUGGCUGACUGGCCACAGCUCUCACUUAGUCUUUGCUGUCCUCUUCUUAGUAACUACAUAGAAGCUGGCAUAGAUUAGAUGAAUAUGAAGCACAAUGACAUUCUGUGGACUAAAGGUUUUCUUUUGGUUUUUGGUUUUUUCCUCGUUCAUGUUCUCAGUAACUCAUACCUGGCUUUAAAUUAGGAGCAGCUAGGAGAAUUCUUGUCUGUAUAAACUUCAGUAAAAAUUAUUUUGGAUUCUAGGAUUUUAGAAUGGUUGACUUAAUUUAAAAUUGUCUUAGUUCCACUCUUAAUACUUCACUGUGAUGUUAACUGGAAGCCCUGCUUGAGAUCAGUCUUUUAAUUUUAGACCAUUAUAUCUACUGAGCACAGAAUUCUUACCAUUUGUAAAUCUAAACGUCUGUGAACACACUUCUACGCUUCUUCCUUUAUGAAAGCAUAACAAACAUGAAAAAUAUGUUGGUUAUAGAAAUAUUUAUUGUUCAAGGUCUGUAAUUGUAUUUUAAAAUGAUGUAGUAUUCAACUUGUGAAGGGAAUUGUUUUGUCAAAAAAUUUUAAAAUUUAAUGUGUAUCAGCCCACAGAAGGGCAGGUUCUACUUUGUGGCCACAGUGGGGUAAGCCCCAGUUGUACUCACUGAGCUUUCCUGAUGACCACUUAGCUCUUGGUAGUGGGUUGAAAGAUGUCUACUGGGUCACAUGAUGUUUGAUAAUGCCAUCUUGAAAGUCCCUGUAAUAGAUGGAGACUGCAUUUCCUGUCCAUGAAGGAAUGUGUGUCUAAGGCAGGUAGGCAACUCAGUACUGUCACAUACUGAGUAGAGAGUGGAGAAAGUAUUUUCAGACUCAAGAAAACUUUGGAAAGUCAGGACUAAGCUGCUUGGAAAUCAGUGCCACAAGCAUGACCUUGGUGGACACAGGAAGCCACAGGAAAAUUCUUGACAGUCUGUGUCCCAUCAGUCACUUCAUUUUUCUUUUUUCAAAUACAUCCUGUUGGAUAACUGAAUAGAUCAUAGAGGCCGUAGACUGAGAUCUGGGACUGUGUUGAGAACAUACAGGUGAUAUGUCACGUCCACAAAAUGGCAUCUCCAAGUAAGCUGUCACCUGGUACACAUGGAGGUGGAGCCUGCAGCUGGAGUGAGGCGCACCCUUGGCUCUACUUGCAGGUGGUUUGCUGAACAGAGAGCUGAGGGACCCUCUUGACUGGGUAGGGGUUUUGUCCAUUUGUGGGGGAGGAUGUGGUGGGUGAAGGUGGACCUUCUACAAUCUGUCAUGGACUGUGAUAUUGUAAGGUCUAUAUUCUGUAUGUGGAUAACAGACCCAAUCAGGAAACGAGCCUUAUGUGUGUCGUUAACGUUUAUAUUUCCAUUCAAAAUAUGUAUUCAGUGUUUAUUUCCUCAACAGACUUUGUUAAUUUAGGAAAUAUCUCCAAGUGGAAACGUGCUAACUUUCUGUAAAUCUUAAAUAAAAGGUGCUGUUCCUUCCUCUG